UGAAGAUGGUGGGGUGUUGUCAUUUCGCUCGCUGUUUCUAAUUAUUGCUAAAAAUAUGACGAAAUGGAUUAUCACAGCGAUGAUUCAUCAGACCCAGAAACACCAGAAGGAUUUAAAUCCGGUUGCGGAAAGCGUGUGGAGAGCUUGCGUGCAGUGGAUGUGAUGGCCAUACUCCAUGAAAAAGUUGCUUUCUUGUCUGGGGGUAGAGACCCGCGAGGUGGACCGCUUCUUACGUUCCCUGCGUGUGAUAAAAGAGAGAAGUUAAAGCACACAGACUACCGUCCACUCUUGCAUUACCUCACUAGAAUUCCCAGUGAAGAAGUAUGCGAGCUUGGCUUCACUGUGAUAGUUGACAUGCGAGGGAGCACCUGGGGCACUGUGAAGCCUGUGCUGAAGGAACUGCACCUCACUUUUGCCCACACUGUACACAUUGUUUACAUCAUCAAACCUGACAACUUCUGGCAAAAACAGCGCACUAGCAUUGGCAGCCAGAAAUAUAAAUUUGAGACCUCAUUGAUGUCAGUUGGUGCUCUGUGCAAAAGCGUUGAUCCCACUCAGCUGACUGUUGAUUUUGAUGGCUCACUGCCUUAUGAUCACAACACAUGGAUUGAACUAAGGCUGGCCAUUGAAGAGUUUACUGCCUGUUCAAACAGCACCUUGGAUCAGCUGGAGAGUGUGCGGCAUGAGGUGGUCAACACGGACCUGGCAGAAGAUGUUAGUUUAGCCAAGGCAGCCGUGGAGAAACACAAGCAGCUGCAGCUGCGGCUCACUAGUCCUGCCAUUCGGGACCUCCACACUAUGGGACAUAGGCUUUUGCAGAGGCUGCAGUGCGAUGAGAGUGUCAGCAGCAGUGGCGGCUACGAUAGUGGCUACUCGGGCCGAGACAGCUCAUCGUCUCUCAUUCUGGCCAAUCCUGAUCUGCAGGCCUGCGUGCCCAGUAUCAUGAGGAGCCUAUCGAGCGUGGAGACGUGCGUGGCUCGCGUGCAACAGUCCUGGAUGAGCAAGAAACAUCGCCUCGAGCAGUGCCUGCAGCUUAGGAUGCUCGAGCAGGACGUCGAGAAGAUGUUUGACUGGCUCUACCACAAUAGAGAAGAAUUCCUCGUGAGCUACGUCGAGAUCGGCCACACCUGCCACAUGGCCAAGCAUCUCCAGGAGUCACACUCGCAGUUCACUGUCGCGUGUCAGAAAGUGUACCUGAAUCUGAACAAGAUCCUAAGUGUUGCACAUCACCUCAUCGAGUCUAACCACUACGCUGCCCAACACAUAGCAACGCUGGCCACUAAACUUGAUCAGGUGUGGAAGGAGUUUGCUGCUGGUCUUGAUGAACGGUCUUCAGUGUUGGCUCUCAGCGUCAUGUUCCAUCAGAAGGCUGAACAGUACAUUGAGUCGGUGUCGGGCUGGCUGGAGUCUUGUUCUGUGUCGGGUCUCAGCAACGACAUCCGCACACUUGAAACCAACAUACAUCUGCACCAGCAGCUGUAUGAGACCAUGUGUCAGGCGUACACUGAGGUGCACAGCACCAGCAAGAAGCUGCUGUACCAGCUGGAUCACCUGGUCCAGAUAUGCAGCCAGCUGCGGCGUGACACGCCACUGCGCGCCAAACACAAGAAACCUCGUGGCAAGCCAUCAGCUUAUUCGGUGACCCCGGACGGUAAGGUGGUCUACAGAGGGUCUCAGCAACAGCCCCAGCCUGGCAGCGGCUCAGGGUCUUCCUCAGCGUCCACGUCAACGAGCUCCACCCCGCAGCCUGGUAAAGGGAAGGGCGGCGUGGCUGUGGGGAGCCCUGCGAGCGACUACAGCGAGGGCGCGUCUCACGUGUUGGCCGUGAUACACGAGAUACUGGCGCACCACCGCGCCGUGGAGCAGCGCUGGACUGACAAGAAGCACCAGCUGCACCAGCGCCUGGCACUCAGACUCUUCCAGGAGGACGUCAAGCAGGUAAUGGACUGGCUGGCGACGCACGGCGAAGUCUUCCUCUGCAAGAACCCCGGCGUGGGCCGCUGCCUUGCCAAGGCGCGCAUGUACCAGAAGAGCCACGAGCACUUCGAGAUGGUCGCGCAGAACACGUACACCAACGCGGAGAAGCUGCUGCAGGCGGCGGAGGAGCUGGCCCACACUGGGGAGUGUAACCCGCAGGAGAUCUACAACGUGGCCCAGCAGCUCGACAGCCACAUCAGCUCCUUCGUCGCCAGGGUGCACCAACGUCGCCAGCUCCUCCAACUCGCCGUCUUCUUUUAUAACCAUGAGGCCGAGGCCGAGGUCAGCAGCUUAGGUAUCCUGCAGCAGCUUAGAGCGAUGGGUGUAACGGAGGACAGCGGGUGCGGCUCAGUGGCAGGGGUGGAGGAGGCGCUGGACAGGCUCGCCAAAGAACAGGUCGCCAUCCAGAACGUCUGGACCGCCCGCAGGAUAAAGCUGGAUCUCCUGCACCAGCUCAGGCUCUUCCAGCGGCAUGCUCAUCAGGUGCUGGAGUCUGUGGAGGAAUGGACGCGCGACGCUGCGGUGUGCAGCGGCGGCAACAGCAGCAGCAGCAGCGGCAGCGGUGCAGCUGCUGCUGCUGCAGAUGUGUUGGAUGGACUGCAGCAGCACGAAGCUGAGCAGCUGCUGCUGCUGCACAACGAGAACAUGGCGGCUGUGCAGCAGGAGGCGCUGCAGGCUCUCAGACGAGGGCACGAGAUCAUGCAGCUACUGAAGACAUCAGGCCUGGAGCUUGAGUGUGAUGAUAGCAGCGAUGGUGAGGAUGAUGAGGCUGGUGAUGACACCACCACCGCCGCCACCAUCAGUUGUGGUGGUGGUCCCGCCACCAUCACCGCCAGCAUCGCCAGUGGCGGCAGUGGCGGGAGCGACACUCCCACCAACAGCGGCGGAGAAGACUCCAGUGGCAGCGGCGGUCCUGUUUGCGGGCCGGACUCGAGCAGCCGGCACAGCUACUGCAGCGGCGGUGGCGGCGAUGGCGGCAGCAGCGGCGGUAGCAGCGUUGGCGGUGGAGGUGGCGGCGGUAACACGGUCACCGCCACCACCAUCAGCAGUGGUGGACGGCGGACGACAAGGGACGGGUUGCCGUCCUCAUCGGUGGGCGGCAGCGACAAGGUCUCGACGCUCGUGGAGCUGCUGCACGCCGCCCAGCUCAGGCUUGAUGCCGUCGCUCUCGAGAAGCAGAACAAGCUUGAGCAGGUGAUCCAGCUGGGGCACUUCAUGGACCAGGCUGGACAGGUGCAGCGCUGGAUCCACUCAGGGGACGCUAUGCUCCUCGCCAGCUUCAGCGUCCCCAACUGCCUGACGGAGGCCCACGCCAUGUCCCAGGACCAUCAGCAGUUCCAGGUGGCUAUCGAGAAGACGCACGCGGCGGUGGUGCAGCUGAGGGAGCGAGCGGCUCAGCUGCAACACUGCAACUCCCAGCAGCUCAUGGAAGUUAAGAACUCCGUCGCCAAGAACUGGGAGAACCUGGUCACCUGUGCUGAGGACAGACACAAACUAGUGCAGGCCUCGAUCGCGUUCUACAAGACGGCCGAGCAAGUGUGUUCAGUGCUGGAGAGCUUAGAGCGCGACUACCGACGUGACGACGACUGGUGUCAGAAAGACGUCAGUGUUGAAGCAGGAAUUUGUGAUAAAGCUGCUGCCUUGCAUCUCAGGAUCGAGAAACAUCAAGAGCAGAAAGAAAGCUUCCUAAGAGCGUGCACUCUGGCUCGCAAAACUGCCCAGACGUUUCUGAAGUACGCAAAUCGUUCCCUUAUGUACUAUGGAGUUGAAGAAGAGGUUUACGGGCCUGAGAACAAAGUGCGUGCUAUUCUUGAUGAUCUGAUGGUGAAAGAAAACAAUGUUUUGGAGUGUUGGACGGAAAAGAAACGUACUUUAGAUCAGUGCGCUCAGUACGUGGAACUCGAGAACAACGGUAAAGUCGCCCUGGACUGGAUCACACAAACGGGCGAAAAAUAUCUAGAGAGCCAUACUAGUCUCGGAGAAACCAAAGAAGAGACGGAGCAGCUACUAAGGGAACACAAUAUGUUUAAAGUCACUGCCAAAGAUACUAGGGAACACGUUAAGAUGAUUUUACAGCUCGCUGAUAAGUUGGUAGAGAAUGGCCACAAGCACGCUAGUGCUAUCAGGGAAUGGGUAGCGCGGGUGGAUUUGUCUUAUAAAAACUUCUCCGCGCGUAUGGAUAAGUACAGGAUGCAGCUAGAAGGACGCUUGGGGAUCUGCAGUGAGGAAAGCAAAGCUUCGUUGUCGUUGGAUCGUCACAGCGAUCCUUCUCUUGAACAUAAGAUGCAAGUGGCCGCUGUCGCCGACGCUAAAAUGGAGAUGAGUGAAGAAAAACGCCGGUCGGCGCGAAAGAAGGAGCUUAUCAUGAAGGAGCUUCUUGACACCGAAAGAACUUACGUCAAAGAUCUGGAAAUUUGCAUCAGCUGUUAUAUGUAUGAAACGCGGCAACCAACUGCGCCUAAAGCCCUGCAGGGCAAGGAACAUAUUAUUUUCUGUAACAUGGAAGAGAUAUUGCAAUUCCAUAAGAAUACGUUUCUUCAGGAGCUCGAAAAAUACAAAGCCAUGCCUGAAGACGCCGGCCAUUGUUUUGUGACGUACGCUCAUAAGUUCGAUAUUUACGUUACGUAUUGCAAGGCUCAGCCUGAGUCUAAUAAACUUCUGGUUAACGAUGCUGGUAAUUUUUAUGAAGAAGUUCAACGCAAGCACAACGUCGAACAUCCUAUACCUGCUUACUUAAUCAAACCCGUACAGCGAAUCACGAAAUACCAACUCCUGCUUCGAGAGCUGCUUGCUUGCUGCGAGGAAGAUACUCCCGGGGAAAUAAGGGAGGGUCUCGAAGUCAUGCAAAACGUUCCGAAGAAGGCAAACGAUGCACUUCAUUUGUCCAUGCUGGAAGGAUGUGAUAUUCCUAUCGACAAACUCGGCGACGUCAUCCUCCAGGAUUCCUUCCAGGUGUGGGAUCCGCGGCAACUGCUGCGUAAACAUCGCGAACGCCACGUCUUCCUCUUCGAACAUCACGUGGUCUUCUGCAAGGAGGUCAAGGAGCAGACCAACUCAGGGUCUGGGUCUUCUGGAGGACCACAGUCUGGCGCCUCGACCAAGUAUCAAUACAAGCAACGUUUGGUCACGGCUGAACUGGGACUUUCAGAGCACAGCGAGGGAGAUGAAUGUAAAUUUGCAUUGUGGGGCGGCUCCCGGACUGGUACUCACGACUCCAAGAUGAUUCUAAGGGCGAAUUCUGUGGAGAGUAAACAGAUUUGGGUUCGGAAGUUACGUCAAGUCCAGCAAGAUUCAUACCUGAGCAAUCACCUCGCCAAGACCACGGCCGCUGUGUCCUCAUCGUCUAUCAAGUCCUCGUCAUCGAGCCUCGCAAGCCAGUCUAGCAAGACCACGUCACUCAAGUCGAGCUCUGCUAAGACCGCCUCAAGUGGCAGCGUCGUGGCCAGUCCAAGUGGCGGCCGCAAGAAUGUGGCUAACGCCACAGUGGCGGUAAUGGCCGCCACUGCCACUGCUGGCGGUGGCAAGUUAGAGGCCACUCGCCACAGCGCCUCUAUACGGUCAGCGCCUCCCAAUUCCUCCAAGAACAAGAAUAACUACAGAGCCGCGGAGGACCUCGAGCCGCCGGCCGUCGCAGCUGAUCGGGUGUCGCUCAUGUCCUUCGCUUCCGACUCCUCCAGCGGGGGGAUCUCUGGUGUCCUGGAUUGCGCUAUUGUGGUGGAAGAUUUCACCGCUGCAUCCACGGGAGAGUUGUCAGUUUCUCGCGGCCAAUACCUCGAACUUUUGGACCAUCCUUCUUCAUCCACGGGGCCUACAUCCAUAUCACAGUUCUCUAAGUCCACGUCUUCAUCCAACAUAUCUUCCAAAUCAACUUCAUCGAACAUAUCAUCGAAAUCCUCAACGUCUAACAUAUCUGCCAAAUCUGGGUUCUCGCACAACUCAUCAUCAAACUCUUCAACGGACAAUUCAAGCAAAUCAUCGGGAAUAUCAUCUAUGUGUAGUUCAUCUUCACUCAUUCACUGCCUCGCGCCCAGAGAUCCUACUGAAUGGGCGUUCGCUCGUCUAACCCUAACGUCAUCUUCAACACCACAAAGCAACGGGGCUACCAACGCUGCCAAGAACAACAGUGAUGUCGAUCAGACGACAGAGGCUGCGAGUCUUGGCAAAAGUGAGGCUACCCCCGCGGGUGGGAAUGCUGCGGUGAACCGUUAUGUCAUCGAAGAGGGAUAUGUUCCGCUGUCGGUGCUCAGACUCACGCGCUCUAUGCUCGACAUGCCCGUGACUGAUUGCGGUGCAGGCGCCGCGGGCUCCUCUUCUCCUGUCGCCAAACGCAAGCCCUUCAACAGAUGGCUGCCGCCGCAGCUGCGCAAGCUAAGUCACCCCGGCCGCAGCAGCAGCAGCGCUGGCCCCACACAGCAGCAGCAGCAGCAGCGACCGCAGCAACAAGGAUACUCGCACGCAUCCCGCUCUCUGUCUAAGGUGGGCUGCGUUGGAGGGGAGAUGGGCAACAGGCCUGGCUCUGCAGCAACACCGGAUGCCAGCUCUGCUCUCGAGCAACACAGCGCAACUAUCAAUGCAGGUCUGGACGGUGGCGGGGACGACGCAGAGCUCGAGGUGGAGCUGCCGCCGCCCAUGCGUGUCAUGGCGGAGCCUCUGACCGCCGCCGACGCUGCCGCUGGCGGGUCGGUGGCGGGGGACGCGGCGGUGGCGGCGUCGGUGGCGCUGGUCGUGCCGGCAGGUCUGGCGGGACCGGCGGGUGUCAUGGGGGCGCUCGUGGGGGCCAUCAACUCCCGCGGCUCGACGGUGUCGCUGGCCAACACGGAGGCCAGCACGCAGCACCUCGCCACAGAGCUCGAGAACAUCGUCAAGGAGAAGAUGGAGCAACACGAAGGCAGCGGCACCGUGGACGCGCUGUCGCCGCCCUACCUCAGUGCCACCAACUUCUCGUACGCCGCCCCCAGUCCUGCUAACAGUCCGGAUGAAGUGAGUCAGCCUGACGUAGAGAAGGAGCAGCGGCAGUACAUGUGCGUGACGCGAGAGCUCGUAGACACGGAGAGAAGCUACGUCGCUGACCUCGCAUCCGUCGUACAGGGGUACAUGGCAGAGAUGGCGAGCGCAGACUCCCGCAUGCCGGACGACCUACGCAACGGCAAAGACAAGAUCGUCUUCGGCAACAUCGCCGCCAUCUUCGAGUGGCAUCGAGAUUUCUUCUGCAAGAAAUUGGAAGAAUGUGUCCAGGCUCCCGAGAAAAUUGGCCAAGUUUUCAUCAAUAGCGAGAAGAAGUUCUGGAUCUACAUUAAGUAUUGCCAAAACAAACCUAAGUCAGAAUAUAUCGUGUCCGAACACUUCGAAUAUUUCGAGGAAAUUAAGCAGAAACUCGGCCACAAACUGCAGUUAUCUGACCUGCUGAUCAAGCCUGUCCAGAGACUCAUGAAGUACCAGCUGCUGAUCAGAGACUUGCUCAAGUGCAGCAAGAGACUUCGUCUCACCGAACAGUGCGAGAGCCUCUCCAGGGCCCUCGAAAUUAUGACUGUCUUACCCAGAGACGCCGACCACAUGAUGACCAUCGGCAGGUUACAGGACUUUAAGGGCAACAUCAUGGCUCAAGGCCAGCUACUGCACUACGGGCCGCUGCUGGUGAGCGAGGGCGACGCUAAAGCCCCGUUCAGACCCAAGGAGCUCACGGUCUUCUUGUUCGAGCAGAGCAUCAUAUUCUCUGAGUGCCAGAAGAGGAGAACUGCCUUCUCUUCCGAGGAAUAUUUCUGCAAGAGCUAUCUACAGAUCAACAAGCUGAUGAUGGAGGAGCGGUGCGACGCGGAGUGCGACACGAAGUUCUUGCUGCGGUCCACGGACCCAAACAAGCAGACGACGGUGUUCGUGGUGCAGGGGGAGAACCGCGACGAUCACCACACCUGGACCUCGCAGAUCAGACUCCUGCUGCAGAAACAGCGCGACUUCCUCAUGGCUCUGCAGAGCCCUAUUGCCUAUCAGAAGGAACAGACCAAGCACCAUAUCGAUGCCAAGACCGCAUUUGAGCCCGUGGGUUUGAAAGGCAGACGAAUUUCGACUGCGACUUCCAUCGAAAGUUUCGCACCUUCCCCGCGACUUCCUUUCGAGCAACUCUCCCCCUUCACCAGCCUCCCCAGCACCGACGACUAUCACUCCCCCAUCACUGUGACCGAGGGCACUUCCCUCGAGGGGAAAAUCUCCCCCAAACACCGGAGGUUCUCCAAGGGCGCGCCGAGGCGCAGCUCAGCCGUCGCCACCGCCUUCUUUUAUGGCUCCAAUCUCACCACCGCCGCCGCCACCGCCGCCUCCGCCAGUGACUCAUCUCUCUGCCAUUCCUCAUCAUCCCCAAGUGUCACCCAACACCGCUGGAGUGCUGGGGAAUGUCCUCCUACAUCCUGCUCCCUCAAUCCCUCCCCUGGCUCCCCUCAAAUUCCUCCCAACUCCCCAACCUCCCCCGUCAAUUACUCCACUCCUCCCUCAUCCCAAGUCCCCUCAGGGUCCCCCAGUCCCCCCAAACACAAGCGGUCCCUCCUGGACGGCUUCAAGACCGGCCUCAGACCCAAGUCCCGGCUAGAGGCCGACGUCCACUCCUGUGAAUCUCAUGGGGGCGCAGUGAGUGUGGGCGUGGGGACGCUGGUGCAGAUCCUGCAGCCUUACGCCGCCCUCAGGGAGGACGAGAUCACCGUCGCCAGGGGGGAGGAAGUCCAGGUGAUGAGCAGCAGCGCGCGUGGGUACCUCAUCCACCGACCAGCCACAUCACAAAGCCCUGCAGCCGAAGGUUGGGUUCCAACCUCCGUCAUCCAACCCCCUGCACCUUCCCCAGUGUCCCCACCACCUCCUGUAUAUUCCUCUACGUCCCAACACAGUCCCAGAAAAUCCCCAUGUGGCAGCUGCAGUCCUAAUAAUCCUCAAAACCUACAAAUGUCUUCAGCUUAUCCUGUGAUGUCAGCGAAAAAAUCCUGGAUGAAAUUCCGCAAGCCUUCGUUUUCUAAACGCGAAGCUAAGGCGGCCGCGGCGCUCAGGAAAGACGAGGUGGAGCGGGUGAAGCUUGGCCUUGCCAUGCAAUCGUCGGGCGAUUACGGGAAUAAUUCCAUGGAAAGAUACGCGAGUUUCGACGACACCAGCACCCUUAGUGACAGGAACUCCAUCGGCAGCGGCAGCUUCGGCGGCGCUGACCUCUACUCAGUGAGCAACAGCAGCGACAUCAGCAUUUCCGAUCGCCUGAGUUGUGGCGCUAAUAGCUCCAUGGAUUACCUCAACACACUCAACAGGAACGUCAUCUCGACCCUAGACGACGUGUCGGAGUGCGUUAUUGUGGGUGACGGUGGUGACGACUUACUUCACGUCGUACGUCCUCUAACAUCCAUGACGUUAACCACCACGGGACAGCCCGUGACUUUAACCCUCCACAUCGGUGGGUCCGGGGUACAGGCGGCGAGUGUGUCGUGGUUUGGUCCGAGCGGGGAACUUGAAAACGACACUCGGUUCGAGCAACAACACUUGAGGGACGGCACAGUAUCUCUUCACUUGGAUACUUGCACGUCUGCUGACUUAGGGCGCUACACGUGCGUUGUUACUUGCGUCGAUAACGUCGCUUCUCGUCAACUCAGAUGCUCGGCUACCGUCAGUUUGAGCUCGUAAGCAUAGCAAAUGUUUUAAUUUCUACGACCAAUUGUAUGAUUGGGACAGGUUGAGAUGAUUUAGAUUAUAAUCAAAGAAACAAAUGUCAAGUUUAUUCAUUUUUUUCUACUGUAAAAAUUCAUUCCUUGCACAGUUGUGCCAAAUUAGAACCCUUUUCGGUGUUUCUUUCUAAGCUCUUUUUCUGAUAACUGAUAUCUGAUCGUUCUGCCGUAAUUCAUGACGAAAAUGACGUUGACAACCAAUCAAAUUCAUCAUUACAUCAUCGAUCUUUAUAAAGAAAAGUAAAUUUAAAAAAUAAGUUAUGGAACGCUUCAAAUUACUUGUGGUUGCAAAAGCAUUCUCACCAAUUUCUGUCCGUUUUCCAGGCAAACUGUAUUGGUCUCGUAGAAUAAGAUUUAUACUUCUGCAAAUAUUUUUUAUUUCAAACGCCAAUUUGUUGUCAUUGAGAAAAUGGUACCUUGACGCUGAAAUUUUCAUUAGAGAAGUGCUUUAAAAUAUGCUGGAUUGAAUUCUUGCUUGAAUAUUUUGCCCAUUACUUCUGAUUUGUACGCAUCGCAUCAUCCUAAGUUAAAUAUUGAAGACAUUAUUUCCGACCAAUCAGUUUUCGGAUUUUCGAAAAGCUUCACAUUUUUUAACCUAAAGGCUAACCUCUAGCGACUUGAAGUUACAAAUCUAUGUUAUAAUAUGGAUUCUUGUUCGUUAGUUACGUUAUCUUUGCAGGACUAGUUCGUUCUUAUGUACAUAACUACUUUUAAUGCUUGAAUCUCAUAGAUUUUCUAGACAUGCUUUUACCGUGUUUUUUUUUUCUAUGUGUUCUACCAAUAUAUUAAGUGCUGUUCCAUUGAGAUUUUAAUUCCAAUGAAAUUAUUUCCGUUCCUUCUAGAUGUAAUUCUAGAGUUUUCGUAAUCAAUGAACACGUAGCCCUAGUCUUAGCAGUAGCUCUAGUUUUCAGUUUGGCGGUGCAGCAUUUUUAUUUCAACCAAAGAACGUGUUAUUGGUCCUCCGAUCACCUCUGUGCCUUUAUUUUAUCGUAUAUCUGACAUAAACAUUAUCAAUUUUCCAUGUUUGUGUGUGAAAAGUUACUGAAAGAAAGAUUUCAACUUCAAUCACGGAAAAAUUAGUUCAUGGUGACGUUAUGAUUGUCUAUUUGUUAAUGAGCGUCAUGGUCUAUUAAUCAAACCUCCGAUUUGAUUGCCGAUUGAACCGAAGUUUGAUUGCCGAUUGAACCGAAGUUUGAUUACCGAUUGAACCGAAGUUUGAUUGCCGAUUGAACCAAAGUUUGAUUGCCGAUUGAACCAAAGUUUGAUUGCCGAUUGAACCGAAGUUUGAUUGCCGAUUGAACCGAAGUUUGAUUGCCGAUUGAAUUGACGGUUACUAGGAUCGUGCGAGGCGUUAGUGCAUUUUCUCUAGUUAAAAUACGGAUUAUCCUAGCAACAAAUUGCUUCUAUGUCAAGGUGUACGUAUAAGCAUUCUUCCUCUAUUUAUAAUUUAAUAGGUUCAAACAUUACAGGUCUGAAGAUUAUAGGUCUAAAAACUAAACCUAUUAACGAUUAAAUAAUUCUCUCCUAACCGACCAUUAUUGAAACACACUACGGAAUGAAAGCUUUUUUCGUUCAUGUUCAAUUAAUAUGUUAAUGUUGUAAAUAUGAGGACGGAUUUCCAUCUCCACUAUUUUUAUACAAUAUUUUACCUAAUUUCAAUGUUAAACAUUUUUCUCAUAUGAAACACGUUUCCGUGGUUGUAUGUAAUUCCGGAUUUAAAAUGAAUUAUUUUCCUGCUCCCCACCUAACAAAAUAUAAAUUUAUUCCACUUUUACUGUUAAAAUUAUCUUAAUCUUCCACUAUUUUGUUCUUUUAGUCGUUAAGUAUUUGAAUGGGACCAAAACCAUUGUUUUGUCGUAGAUUUAAGCGUAUGAAUUUCCUCUUGCAACUUCUAAAAUUAAUUAUAUUUUUCUAAAUGUGUCUUGAGUCGUAGAUUUAGUUGAUGUCUAUGAACUAAGAUUGCUAGUGCAGCAUAGAUAUUUUGCAACCGCGGUGGAAGGAUAAAUUGCUUGUCUUCAACCCGUCAUCGUGACCGUUUAGGAUCAAGUUAAUUUUCAAUGAUAGAUGAUCCAUUUUUUGCUAUAAAAUAUUCAUUUUACUUCCCUGAGUUUUUAAAUUGAAUUUUUAAUUUUCCGCAAUUCAACAACGGUUACGCAAAUUCAUCAGUGAUUCUCAAGAAGCAAUUUUAAUGACCGUUCAUCGAAAGCCCAGGUACAUCAAAGUCAAUUAACAGUAAAGCGGAUGGGUUUUAACAUGAAAGAAACUUUGUGUUGUAAUUAAUAAAGCGGUAUCUCAAGGAAAUGUGCCAAUAGAAUUAUUAUAAACUUUUAGAAACCAACCAGUGAGGCUAACGUGUUUAUUUUUCUUAAUAUAAGUGAUGUUAUUUCCCUUAAAAAUUGAUGCAAGUAUGGAACGAAAAAUUGGCGAUUUUUUAGGUUCUAUUCCAAAAUUCCUGAAGCUUGUCGAAGAUCUGCCUUGCACAUCUGUUUAAUUUUUGCAUUUGCUUUUGUACUGAUGUAAAGGAAAGGAACAUUGUAAUUGCGGUCAUGGUAAUGAUUGAAUAUGUCAGUACUGAAUUUAAGUGAUGGUAAUAAACUAUUACGUCGCGGCUGUACGUUUCUCAUGACAGAAAUUAGUAGCGUAAUGAUGGUAAUGAAUUUAUCCUAAGGAACUUGUCGGUCUUCAUGAUUCAUGGUAAUGAAGUGAAGACUUGCCGUGCUAUGUUUGACUGUGAUUUCGUUCACCUGGAAACUCCUGCAAAUACAACGUAGACUAAC